CCCAGGCGGCCCCAAGACUCCUAGACGGCCCCAUGACCCCAAAGACGGCCAGGGAACCUCGUAGCCAUUUUGGCUCAAGUUGCGGCACCAGGUGACCGAACCUUGUUUUCCCCACUUCCUUCCAAGGCAGUUCCGACGUUCAUGGCGAGUUCUUGGUUGUCCGCCGUCUUGCUCGCUGCCGCAGUGUGUCCCCAGGCAGUCGCCUUGUCGCACCAGCACGCGAAGCUCAACAAGUCAUUUCACCCCUCUUUCGCCGCGGCAUGCCUCGAGUGCAAGACGUUUGCCGGUGACGGAGGUGGGUGCAGCGCCGGGAGUUGCUCGAGCGGAGGGUAUUGCUGGUGCCCGAAGAUGUUGAUGCCGCUGGGCACCGGGGGUGGAGCAGGGAGAAACCCGCCGCAGCCGCGCGAGACAGCCGACCUCCCGUCUGCGAUCGCCGCGUCGGCCAGCGCGCAGAGCGGAGUGAACUGCGCCGGCUAUGCGAAGUGCCCGAAGGAGGUGAUCGUGGGCCCCUCCUGAUUAGGCAAAGCCUGAGUAGGGCCAGCUGAGACAUCGGCGGCCGGCUUUACCUUCUCAUACCAUCCAAUAUACUCAAGUACAUCACCCACAUCGUCCUCUUCGCUCGGAUUGCCCAAGCGUUACGUAAGCGUCGUCCACUGGUCAUUGAGGUCAGUCGGUUGAGCACAUGACCAGGCUGGUCAUCCGUUCUGUUGCUGGCCACCGGCUUGUAUAUCAGGCAGCCGGAAGGCGCGUUAACCAUUCUUUUUUUAUGAUGGCGGGCUUCCAGACUACAUACCAGGUUGCUGGAAGGCGCUGCGGCGCUGUUGCUCUCACGUAAAAAAAGACAGCAAGAGAACGCGCCCAA